AGGGCAAAUAACUCACGUGCAGAGCAAAAUAAAAUAUGGCAUCAAAAGGUGGUAAAAGAUUAGUGAAAGGUGCUAAAAAGUUAGUUCAGAAGGUAUACCACCCUCCAUUCAUGAAAGUAAUAAUUCCAGCUGGACAAGCUGCAGCUGCUCCCCCAUUAGGCCCACAGUUGGGACAGCGAGGAAUUCAGAUUGCAGCAUUCUGUAAAGAUUUCAAUGAAAAAACUAAAGAAGUGAAGCCUGGUCUGCCUCUUCCUACUAGAAUCAAAGUGAAUCCUGACCGCAGUUUUGACAUUCGAAUUCAUAAACCAGUAACAAGUUAUUUCUUGAAGCAAGCAGCCGGCAUCCAGAAGGGAGCUAUGAAGCCAGGGCAAGAAGUAGCAGGGAAGGUGUCACUGAAACAUAUCUACGAAAUUGCAAAAAUUAAAAGUGAAGAUCCAACAUUUGAAAACUGUGAAUUGAAGAAUGUAUGCAUGAUAAUAAUUGCCCAAGCACAUUCGUUGGGUAUCGAGGUUGUCAAAGACAUUGACCCCCAGGAAUAUUCGCAAUUUCUUGAGGAGCGGCGAAUCACCGUGAGCCAGCAAGAAAGAGAACUCGAAGAACAAAGACAAGCCAAAAUGUUGCGGUUGUAACCAUAGUUAUUCAAAAUUAAUGAAACUAUUUUAAAGUCUGUGUCUGUCUGCAAGUCUUGACCGUCAGGAUCACCACUGUUUGUAUUAUUAUCCUUGUUUUUACUAACACUACUAGGUGCAAAAGCAUGACUCAUGGUAAGGAAGCUUAAUGCAAUGCGAUGUGUUUUUAAUAGUAAACAAACUAAUUUUUCAUAUAAUCGAAAAAUCAUUGCCAUUUUAACAGUAACUGUUAUGAAUUAAGCUUAUUGAACUGGUUUAGCUAAACUUGUUAACAUAAUAAAAUCAACAGGAACAGUUCCUUACUGUAUCAACCAUAUAGCCAUUAAUUGUGAACGAGUGUUCAUUCUUUGCAAUAUUUUGCAGAUGUUUCAUUAUGGUGUUUUAUGAGUGCUGUGUUGUGUGAUAAUAGUGCUAAUUAAAAUAAUAUUGAUUAUCAGUGCAGUAAAACUGACUAAACCAAUAUUUGAAUCCGUGUGUGUAUGUGUGUGUGUAAAGAAUGAAACCAGUCUUAAAUGGUCAUUUAGCCUAUUUAAACAAAAAAUGAAAAAUGCUGUUACUUUAAAAAAAAAAAAACCCAGAGAUUCUUUGAAACUUUAGUUAUGUGACUGCUAACUUGUAAAAUUCACAUAGAGUUUUCUGUAUACAUAAAGGGAGUGACGGUUAUUUGUUUGAAAGAAAAUGCACAUAGCCAAUAGAUUUGGUACACACAAGCAUACUGCAAUUAGCAGUGACAUCAUAAGUGUUUACUGUUAUACUUGCAGUCUAAUAUAAAAAGAAAUAAUAAAAUGAUAGUAUCUGC